AUGCGCUCCAAGGAGUCAGAUAUGAAUGAGCAGCCCACGAAGGCCGCUGAUCGUCUGUCAGUCGGUGAUGUCGAGAGAAAGAAGGAUGAGCUCCAAGAUGGUCAGAACCAGCCAGCUCACACUACCGACAUAGGAUUUCCUUCGGGGUUGCGUCUUGCGCUGUUGCUCAUCGCGGUGUACGCCAGUCUGUUUUUGGUAUCUCUGGACCGUCUCAUCAUCUCACCGGCUAUCCCCAGAAUUACCGAUCAAUUCCACUCAAUCACCGACAUUGGUUGGUAUGGAACGGCUUACCAGAUAACCAGCUGCGCUUUCCAGUUGCUCUGGGGCAAGCUAUACUCAUUCUUCAGUGUGAGAGGAGUCUUUUUAUCCGCGAUCCUGUUUUUCGAGGUCGGGUCAGCGAUUUGUGGCGCGGCCCCAAAUUCAGUCGCCCUGAUCAUUGGGAGGGCAAUAGCUGGAUUAGGAUCAGGAGGUAUCAUGGCUGGCACAGUAUGCAUAUCACCUAUCCCCCUAAUCUAA